AUGGUCGAUAAGAAGCACGAGGAAAAAUUAGUGGAAUUUGAAGGAAUGUAUCCUGAGUUGGAAAAACCGAAAGGAGAAGAAAAGGAUGAUUUGGAGAUGGAGAAGAAGAUGGAAUUUGAUGACUACAAAAAGCCUGAAAAACCACUAAAACAAGAUACCGAACUAGUCGACUGGAAUUUGGUAAUGAAGGCGGCAGACUUCGCCGCCCGUCGUCAUCGUCAUCAGAAGCGUAAGGACAAUGCAACACCAUAUAUCAAUCAUCCGAUUGGAGUAAUGUAUAUUUUGACGAACGAAGCAAAGGUUUAUGAUCCGGUGACACUGGCUGGAGCUGUUCUUCAUGAUGUUGUGGAGGAUACGAAAACGACGUUGGAAGAGAUUCAGAAGGAGUUUGGAGAUGAAGUUUUGGAAGUGGUUAAGGAGUGUACGGAUGAUAAGGGACUCGCGAAGCAGGAAAGGAAGAAGCUUCAAAUUGAGAACUAUGGAAAGCAUAGUCAUCGGGCCAAACUAGUCCAUCUUGCUGACAAACUCUACAAUCUUCGUGAUCUGGAACGAAAGGCGCCAAUCGGUUGGGAUAAGAAGAGGGUCACCGAGUAUUUCAAAUGGGCUCGUGAGGUUAUUGGUCAAAUGAAAGGGACUAAUGAGUCAUUGGAAUAUGCACUCGACGAUGUCAUCAAUCGCCAUUUGGCCUGA